CCGGAAGUGGUGAGCCAAGCGAGAUAAGUCACUGGCUACAUGUGGGGAUGGAAGGCAGCGGGGUCCUGGCUAUGGACGUGGGACGUGCGGCUGACGCGGGUCCUCGGAAGGAGACUGCUAAGCCGCGGUGGCGCGCCGCAGGAGGGAAGCGGUUCUCCGCGGUGUUGGAACUGCGGCGGCGGCGCGGGAGGCCCGGGCCGGGGGGACGGCUUCUUCUGCCCGCACUGCCGCGCGCUGCAGCCGCCUGACCCCGGCCGAGACUACUUCAGCCUCAUGGAUUGCAGCCGCUCCUUCAGUGUUGACACCACCAAGCUCCAGCAUAGGUACCAGCAACUUCAGCGUCUUGUCCACCCAGAUUUCUUCGGCCAGAGGUCUCAGAUGGAAAAGGACUUCUCAGAGAAGCAUUCGACUCUGGUGAACGAGGCUUAUAAGACCCUUCUGGCCCCCCUGAGCAGGGGACUAUACCUUCUAAAGCUCCAAGGAAUAGAGAUUUCGGAAGGGACAGACUAUGAAAUAGACAGCCAGUUCCUCAUGGAAAUAAUGGAAAUCAAUGAAAAACUUGCAGGAGCUCCAAGUGAAGCUGCCAUGGAAGAGAUCGAAGCCACUGUCAGAGCUAAACAGAAAGAACUUACUGACAAUGUGAACAGAGCUUUUGAACAAGGUGACUUUGAAAAAGCCAAGGAAAUUCUGACAAAGAUGCGAUAUUUUUCGAAUGUAGAAGAAAAGAUCAAGUUAACCAAGAUCCCCCUCUAAGAGCUAAUUUAAAGUUUUCCAAAUACGUUUUCUGUGUAUUUUUUUUUUCUUCUGUUAACUGAGAAUAGACAUGGGAGCUGGGGUGUAGCUCAGUGGUAGAAUUUGUCUAGCGUGACAAGGCCUUGGAAUUGAUCCAAAUCAUCACAAAAAGAAGUAAGAAUAAAUAUGCUUCAACCAUU